CAGUCAGUCCUGUGCGGUUAAGUUUACGGUUUACACGAAGUAACGGUGUAUACUAAGCAAACGCGAAUACGAUAAAUGCCAACGAGGACAUUUAUAAGACAGUGGCGAAUAACGAAUAAAGGGUACCGUUAAAGACUGCGGAGUGAAGUGUAAUAAUUUUAUUACAUCCCACUGUCGCUGGGAUGGUUGUGCGGUCGCUUGAUGUAAAAACAUAAAUCUUCAUUCAACGAAGCAAGUAAACGCGGAUAAAAGUAAAUUCUCAAAAGUUGCAGUAAUGUGAAAUUUCUCUUGUGUACGUUUGUGGCAUCCGAAAUUACCUUUGUACCAAUGUGAAUGUUUUGUGUGAAAGAGUGCAAAAGUAUGUUUUUGGUGUAAGCAAAUAGUACUUGUUUACCUGCAGCACUAAGGUGGCCAGUCUGGGCUUAUUCACUUAGCCGUUAGAAAAGUGCCGGCCCCGACAGAUUUAAACGUAUAAAUUAUGAAUGAAAAUAGUGAAGGCAAAUAUAGCAAAAACAGCGCUCGUAAAGCUAAGUGCGUGACAACAAAUAAUUUGUUAUUGCUUUGUAGUAAUGGCGGCGGCGGCUCCGGCUAAGCCAACUCCAGCGGAGAUAGCGUUGACGUUAACGCUGACGCUCGUUCCAAUUGCGGUUGAUGCGCGUACGUCGUGCACGUUGGCUUUGUUGAUGGCGUCUGUGGCGGCAGCGAUAGCGGCUUAAAACCGCACAACAAACACUCAUUCCGCGCAGUUAGUUUGCCAGCCAGUCAGUCAGCUAGCUAACUCGUCUAACUGUCCUAGCUAACUAUCGUAGUGCCCUGCGUAUGCGGUUGUCGUGCGCUCGUUUAUGAAUUGUUGCUUCGAAUUGCUGAUUAUUGUCGCUUUGCGUUUGCGGCUGUGUAUGUGCGUGUGUGUACGUGUGUGUACGUGUUUAGUUAGCAGCAAGUGCGUGCCACGAGUUUAGUACUUGCCUUUUACGUAAGUGUGCUGGCACGAUUUUACGGUGCGAGUAGCCAACGGAAACGGCUUUUUGAGCGUUGUUGCUGUGCGCCUUUUCGUGUAUGCGCGGGUGUGAUGUGCGGCAGCAAUUAGUACAAAUAUACAGCAUUAAAUUCAAAAUUAUCUCAAGUACUACGUAAUUAUUUCGAAAUUACGUACAUCCAAAUGAAGAAAUAAGACCAAUCCCAACAAUAAUUAUAACCAGAAAAUAAAGGGAAACACUUUUGAAAAUAAAAAACAAAUGAAUCUGAAAAAGACGAAAAGGCAAUACUAUUUACUAAAGCAAUUGCUCCUCUGUUUUUGAAAUAUCUGUAAAUGUGCACAUAUCCACGAACUAAUAUCGCCGAAUACUUUUGCUAAAACGUAAUUUCAUACAUACAUAUGUACAUAUAUAUGUGAAAAUGUAAUUGGGAAAAUGCAAAGCAGAAGCAAAAUAAAAAACGAACGGGAAUUGUGUUAAAACGAAAAUAGACGAAACGACAACACACAGACCGAAAUCUGUUUUAGCCGGAUUUUCAACCGAAUAAUAAAACCAAAGACGAAAGCGGCUUCAAAAGAUAAAAAAGCAUCAAUAUUUUGAAUGUUCGCCCGCAAAACAGAUUUUUGCAUUCGUUUAAUCCCAAGCUCAGCAACACUCAUGGCAAAAGUAAGAGCAUUCCAUAUAGCGGAUACUGUUGUUCGACGCAGCAACGGUACCACCAGCAAAUCCUUGGGCGCUGUGGCGGCUAUCUCGCUCAAAUGGAUUCUCCUAUGUUCCUGCUUCACAGUGUUCGAUAGCAGCCACUGUUUGUCCAUGACGGAAGUGCGUAUACCGAAACACAUCAUGCGGCACGAGGACGCGAUGCUGGGCUGCAAAUACGAUUUGGAUGGCGAAUCACUGUACUCGGUGAAGUGGUAUAAGGACGGUUUUGAAUUUUAUCGCUAUGUACCGCGGGAUAUGCCGCCAGGGCAAGUGUUUCCACUGCCGGGUGUUGAUGUCGAUCUGCUCAACUCAACGGAUAAUGUGGUGGUCUUGCGACGCGUCACUUUACAGUCAACUGGACGUUAUCGAUGCGAGGUUUCCGGUGAAGCCCCCUCCUUCCAAACAGUUUCAGGGCAUGAGGACAUGAUUGUUGUUGUUACACCAAAGCAUGGACCGCAAAUCACCGGUGGCCAGCCGCGUUACCAAAUUGAUGACAUUGUGCGCGUGAAUUGUACAUCGGCGCCGUCCAAGCCGGUGUGUCAUCUCAGUUGGUUAAUUAAUGGUGUACAUGCGAACCGGACAUUCCUGCGGCCAUACGAUCCCAUAAUUGUCGGACGUGAGGGCUUGGAGGUGGCGCGGUUGGGAUUGGAAUUCCGAGUGCGUAAAAAAUUCUUCAAACAUGGUGACAUGAAAUUGAAAUGUGUGGCAAAAAUAUCAUCGGUAUAUUGGCAAAGCAAUGAAGAGAGCGUGGCACAUGAGAAACAUCAGAAAAUACCCGUACUGGAAUCGCGCGAAACCGUUGUGGCCAAGUCACGAUUGCGGGACAAAGCAUUAGAAGAUAAUCAACUUAAAGAUGCUGGCACGUCAUCAGCAGCCACAUCAUCGGCGGCAGCGUUCUUGCCAUUAGCGACUCGUAAUUCGAUACUUUUGCAUAUCACACCCACACUGCUGCUGCUCGCUCUGCCCGACUUAGCAGCCAUGCUGCCACUGUUAAUAGCAUUUCUGUGUCAAUAUUGGCAAUUUAAUAUUUAUGUGCGCCAACCAAGCUAUCGAUUGCCGGUAUGUUACGGCUGCAGCAGCUACUGGCGAUGGUCGCACAGCAUUCGAACCGUUGGCAGAUGACAAUUAGCCAUGGCAUAUUAAAUAGGAGCGCAAGCAAUGACAGUUGCAGUGGCAGUGGGAACGACAGCUAGAAGACUGCUCGGUCAUCAUCAUUGAUUAGUAUAAAUUGUUGCAGAUUAAUAUAAUUUUUUCCGUUGUCAAUUAAUUGUUGAUAGGUUCAUCUCUAGUUGGGUAGAAUUGCUAGCAUCAUAAGCGCUUGAUAACUGUGUGAGUAUGCGAAAGAAUGGAGGCAGGGAAAGACAAAAGGAAAGUGAGCUGAAGGAAAACAUUUGUGACUGUUAUUGACUUAGUUUUAAUAAAGAAAAAGAAAUAGUAUAAUAGAAUAAGAGGAAUAGUAGAAUAAGAGAGGAAAACUAGUUAGCUAAGCCUUGCUAACUGAAAACAUAUUAUGUAGGAAAUGCCGCUUAGAAUUAUGGAAACAUAUUUUGAACAACUGAGGCUAAUUAAUUGAUCUUACUUUUCAACAUAAUGCUGAAAUCGUUGGAACUUAAAACUCUUAAAAAUGUUAGCAGAAUUUAAAAAUGUUUAAUUAAAAUCGAAAUUCUGAUGGCUUAAAAAAUUAGGAGAAUUGUUUUUUAAAUUUCCUUGUUUCAAAAUCCAUUUAAAUUUCUUUUAUCCACAUGUAUGUUAAAUAUUAAGCUACAACACAAUAUUUGUGAAGAAAGUAUAAUUUUACCUUCCAGCAAUAUAUGUAUUUGAAACAUUGUAAUUGUGCCAAGUUUUCCCGACAUUAUUUGGUAGGUUUAUUGGUAUUAUAAGUGAGAUAUAUUCUGAUCAGUCUAAAUCUUUAUUAUCGCCUUUAACACAAGCAUCGGAUCGCUUAAUCAAACUUUCUAUAGACUUAUGAUGAGACUCGGCUGGAGUGGUCUUCAUUGUCUUCAAUGAAUUAAUUUUAAUCGCUUUAGUAUAGUCCCGUCCAGUUUUCACAACAGAAACAGGUCAGAGGGAAUCUCAUAUGGCGAAUACGAGAGCUGAACAAUUACUCGCGUUUCGCAUUUGGCUAAAACGUCAGUCACAAUAGUGCUUGAAUGUAACGCAACAUCUUUAUGGAGAAAAAUUUAAUUUUUGCUCACCAUUUACGGCCAAA